AAGGCUUGUGUUAAAAGUGCAUUUAAAGCUACCAUGUUUCACUUAUAGCUGCUUUUGUCAUGGCUAGUCAAGUGGUUUGGGGGGUGAGAUCAGAGCAUUUGCAGGUGGAAGGUCACUUGACUUUCACUUUGGCACCGUUGUGGACAUGUGGCUGGCUGAAGGAGAUGCAGCAUGCUCUUUGAUGCUCGGUGAUGUGGCUGCCAGCUGACAUGUCGAGGAAGUGGGGGUGCUUGAGUUUGGCGUUGUGCUGGCUGAGCGGGCAAUCGGUCAGUUACGAGCCUGGCCCGGCCUUUCUCUGCCCUUUUCUGAGGUUUACUUUCCGCCGUUUUUCUGCAUUGCACAAAAAGGUGAAGGCUCCCAGGGCCAGGUGGGAAGAAGAGAAACGAGAUGAUGGAGUGAAGUGGCAGCAACUGGAGCACCAUGGACCCUACUUUGCACCGCCCUACGAGCGGCUGCCGGAUCAUGUCCACUUCUAUUACAAUGGAAAGCCUAUGAAACUCAGCUUGGCCACAGAGGAGAUAGCCACAUUCUACGCCAAGAUGUUGGAUCAUGAGUACACGACAAAGGACAUCUUCCAGAACAACUUCUUCAAUGACUGGAUAAAGGAGAUGACACCGGAAGAGAGGAAGAAAAUCAGAGAGCUGGGGAAGUGCAAUUUUGAAGAGAUCCAUACAUAUUUUGCAGAGAAGCAUGAAGCCCAGAAAGCCCUGCCCAAGGAGGAGAAACAGAAAUUAAAAGAGGAGGCAGAGAAAAUCCAAGAGAAAUAUGGCUACUGCAUAAUCGAUGGGCACCGGGAGAAGAUUGGCAACUUCAAGACAGAACCCCCGGGUCUCUUCCGAGGUCGUGGGAACCACCCGAAAAUGGGGAUGCUCAAGAAGAGGGUAAUGCCGGAAGACGUCAUCAUAAACUGUAGCAAAGACUCGGCGAUCCCGCAGCCGCCUCCCGGGCACAAGUGGAAAGAAGUUCGGUGUGACAAUACUGUCACCUGGCUGGCAUCGUGGACAGAGAACAUCCAGGGGGCCCUCAAAUAUGUGAUGCUGAACCCCAGUUCCAAGUUGAAGGGGGAGAAGGACUGGCAGAAAUAUGAAGUGGCUCGCUGCUUGAAAGGGGUGGUUAGCAAGAUCCGAUCUCAGUACCGUGCAGACUGGAAGUCCAAAGACAUGAAGAUACGGCAGCGGUCCGUGGCACUUUACUUCAUUGAUAAGCUGGCCCUGAGAGCCGGGAAUGAAAAGGAGGAAGGGGAGACGGCGGACACGGUGGGCUGCUGCUCUCUCCGGGUCGAGCACAUCUCGCUGCACCCUCACCUGGACGGGAAGGAGAACGUCGUGGAGUUUGAUUUCCUGGGAAAGGAUUCCAUCCGCUAUUAUAACAAGGUGCCUGUGGAGAAGCAGGUGUUCAAGAACCUGCAGUUAUUCAUGAAGAAGAAAAAUCCUGGAGAUGAUUUGUUCGAUUGGCUUUCUACCUCAUCGUUGAACAAACAUCUCCAGGACCUGAUGGAUGGGUUGACAGCAAAGGUGUUCAGGACAUACAACGCGUCCAUCACCCUACAGGAGCAGCUGGAAGCGCUCACCAAUGAGGAUGACAGCGUGCCCGCAAAGCUCCUCUCCUACAACCGAGCCAAUCGUGCUGUUGCCAUCUUGUGCAACCAUCAGCGGGCGACUCCCAAGACCUUUGAGAAGUCUAUGCAAAACCUCCAGGCCAAGAUUGAUGCCAAAAAGGAUCAGUUGGCCGAGGCCAAAGCGGAGCUGAAGAGAGUGAAGGCGGAUCACAAAGCCAAGAAGGACGUAAAAUCUAAAACCGCUGUGGAAAAAAAGAAGAAGAUGGUCGAGAAGAUUGAAGAGCAGCUGGCCAAGCUGAACAUGCACGCCACCGACAAGGAGGAAAACAAGCAAAUUGCUCUGGGCACCUCCAAGCUGAAUUACCUGGACCCCCGUAUCAGUGUGGCUUGGUGUAAAAAGUUUGGUGUGCCUAUUGAGAAAAUCUACAACAAGACCCAGCGGGAGAAGUUUGCCUGGGCCAUAGCGAUGGCGGACGAAGAUUUUGAAUUCUAAGGCCUGCACUUUGGAUUGGAGAUUACCACACUACCUCAGACUUGCUUUGGCCAGCUGGUCAGCAUUUUUAUGCCUCUUUGGGUGCAAAAUACAUCUUUAACAGAAGAAGUUUGAUGCCUGUCGUUUCUAUCAUGUUUUGUGUCAUCGAGAAGAAAUGUACAGGGGGGAUGCUGGGUUCCAAAAUGCGGGAGCGGUCUUCUCUCGGUUCAUUAUUUUGGGUGAUUUAAGCGACUGUUUGGUCACAUUCUAUCCUACACCGAUUUAACUAUUGUGACUUUUAUCCCUGAAGAUCUUGGGCAAUACCGUUCCGUUCUGGGGAUUGAGGGCCAAGCUACACAUGACGAAUGACACUUGAACGGCAAGUGUAUUUCUCCCUGUUCACUUGCCCUCCACUCAAUCCACUUGCCGUUCAAGUGUCAUUCGUCAUGUGUAGCUUGGCCCUCAGACUCUCGGUGCCAGAGAACUCCGAGUAUACCAGAAAACCACAAUUCCCAGGGUCAUAUAGGUGGAAGCCAUGAAAAUGAUAAAACCAGUUCUGUUUCGUCCUGUAAAUGUAGCAGUUUGUAUUCCUCCUAUUUGUUCAUGUCUCUUGUCUUUAUGUCCCAAUUCUGAGAUAGCGGAAGCUUUGCAGGGAACCCCAGUUAAGGGUAUAAUUCUGCCAUUUUGUCGAAUGUUUCCUACGAAUUGUAGCGUUUGUAAGCACCUCAGUGAGGGUGGGAUGGGGCCAAACUGGAUUAGCCCUUUAAAGAAUGCAUAACUCCCUAUUCAUUUAUUUUGUAAAUUGAAGGAUACUAAUGCUGACCGGAAGAAGUUCAGUUGCUUUUCUCUCUGAGGGAUAUGAUUCCUGACCAAGAAUGAGAUUAGGUUUUCCUAAUCCAGUCCCUGUUCUCUGUAUCAGAGAUCCAUUUUACCCUGUACACAUUUGCACAACAAGAAAUUUGGGGCAGUAGCAAAGAGUUCCUUGGUGCAACCAAACCAGAGUAGCCUGUCAGAGUGCAUGUUAGAGCGGACAAUUGAAUCAAAGAAUCUUACGGGGGAGUGGGGUGCAAAAAAGAUAAGCGGAGAGAUGACCCCUCUGAACUUUAUUUCUUGUCUUUUGGGGAAGGAAGUUUGACUUGCCUCUCACGGCAACAGGGAGGCAGGAAAGAUCACAUUGCUGUGAAACGGGGGAAAUGUCCCAGAACGGAACUCCUACAGUGACGUUUGGUGGAUAUCACUUGAAGUCACGCCAGAAUAAAUGGCUUUCCACCAUGUAUACAUCACCUUCCUCUCUUGGUGAAUUGAGCACCUUCUUGGCUUUCAAAGGGACUAUGAUAGAUGCAUUUGAUAGAAUCCACUAAAGCGAAUUCCUGUUUGUCGCUGAGCGUUAGGCGUAAGGUGGGGGACGGCAGAAGGUUGUGCAAUAGUUUUGAAAUGGAAAGACCUGGGCCGUUUCCGCACGGCUUACCUCAACCCGGAACGCUGCUCAACAUGCCGAAAAAAACGCAGAAGAUCACGUUUUCUCACACGAGUUUUCUCGCUAAUUUUUUCGGCAUGUUGCGCAGCAUUCCGGGUUGAGGUAAGCCAUGCGGAAACGGCCCUGUUUGUGGCCCAAGAACCUUCACUUGUUGUACAGUAAUUCUAGUUUAUUGUGGUGGGUGUGGGAAGCAUAUAGUACUUGACACAAUCCUGGAAAGAAAUGUUGUUGGGAUAGUCUGACGGUAAUCAGUUAUCAGUUCUGAUUUUGCUAGUAAUUCCUAAGAAGGGAUAAAUGGUUGUUUUUUCCCAUAUGACAGCUAAAUUGGUGGCUUUCAUAUAUGCUAAAUACAAUUUGUAAGGCAACUCUGUCAGCAUUGAAAAGCAAGUACCACCGGUUGGUUAGAAGUGCUCUUAAUGUCUGGUUGUUUUCUCUAUUCAUGUCCAGGUUUCA